AUGGCGGAGGCGAAGAAAAGGAAGAGAGUAGCGAGGACAGAGAUGCGAGGCGGGCGGUGGAGAAAGAAGAUAAGAAAGGGAAAGCUGUUUCUGUACGCGUGGGGCCGUGACGCGAGGUGCGAGUGCGUGCGAGACCGGCCGAGGGUUCGGCCGGUCGACCAGUGCGUGCUGAAAAUAAGUUACACUCGACGCACUCGGCUGCGUCUCUCUGCCGCCGCGGCAGCCCUCACCGCCUCGUCGACCCGGCGCUCUCCGCCGCCGCUGCCCGACUCAGGGCGACAGCUCGCGGAGGCCACCUCCGCGGCAGCCCUCACCGCCUCGUCGACCCGGCGCUCUCCGCCGCCGCUGCCCGACUCAGGGCGACAGCUCGCGGAGGCCACCUCCGCGCCAGGCCUCACUGCCUCGCGGCCCCUCCCCGACUCAAGGCGACAGCUCGCGCAGGCUACCUCUGCGCCAGCCCUCACCACCUCGCCCACCGGGGUAUCUCCGCCGCCGAGACCCCUCGCCGACUCAAGCCGACGGCUCGCGCAGGACACCUCCUCUCGGGCGCCAGCCCUCGUCAUUCAGUCUCGGGGGCACGCCUCCCCCUCCUCCCCAUGGCCGCUGCUGAGGGGCUCUCGUUUGGUUCGCUCCGCGGCGGAGCCGCCCGCCCUGGACGAGGCCGUCGAUGAGCCGCCGCAGGCGCAGCGGCGGCGGUCGUUCAAGAACACUGAUGAGCCACCGCAGAAGCAGCAGCGCACACCGCAGAAGGGCGUUGAACCAGAGCAAUGCAGGAUUGAAGACCGCCCAAAGGAGACCAAAGUGAACGUGCACCGGGGGGCUCCUUUUCCUAGAUGCCAGAUCUGUGGUAGGAGAGUCCUCACUUACUACUACAAGUGUUGUGGCCAGGCCACCUGCAAGGACUGCCAGCGUGCAUGCAAUUGCAGAUUCAAGACAAGGCUAGAUGUACCUAGAGUAAAGACCGGCGGGGGUGACCUUAGCAUGCAAGGCACCUUCUACCUCCCCUGCUACCCCUGGGUGCUGAUUGAGGCCACCCGUCAGGAGGACGUGGUGAGGUAUACCUACGCUCCAAUUGCCCAAGCAGUUGACACGAAUUACCUCUUCCUGAAUGCGGUAACUUUCUCCUUCGAUGAUGGGUCUUGCGCCAAUCCAAAGCACAGAUGCAUGGUCAAGCAAGUGAUCGACCGUCAGAACUUCUACCUGCCUGCAGAUAAGUCCAGCACCCUUGGCGAGGGUACAGAGGACUUGGACUGGUAGUCCUAGUCUAGCGAGGGUACAGAGGGCUUGAACUUGUCCUAGUCUAGCGAGGCUAAUGUCUCACUGAUAGAAAACAUUUGAAGGAUUGGGAUCAUUAUAAAUGACAUUUUUUCAGGAACAAUUUGUCUUGUAAUUUGUAUAAAAAUGUCAAUCCUUAGAUAUAGGAGGUCGUUCAGUUUUUGCAUAAACCACGCUUUUGUACAUAUAUCAA